CGAUGAUUCUAAAAUAACCAGUUUUGCGGAGAAGUUGAUGCAUGUUUUGUUUUCCCUGCAAACCAAGAAGUAUCAGUAUACAACUUGAAUUUCGAUUCACCCGUGUUUUUUUUUUUUUUUUUUGCCCUUUUUCUGUGACAGACUGCUACGUGAAGUUAAACAUGAGGACCAUCUAAUGUGGGGAACAAAAAGGGAAGGCGGUAACUGAUCUUGGGAACUUAGGAUAUGAUCAGCUAAAUUAAAGUGGAAGGGUGGGGAACCCUUUUGUCUAGGUGUAAUCGAAUCACCCACCAUCAAUGGCUUGCAUGCAAAGCAUAUGAACGAAGCUGCACCGCUUGAAGGGGGCUCUUUCAGUUGAAGAACCAAAACUUCUCUUCCUUGAGAAAGGGGGGAAAAUAGAAGGGGACCUUAUGAUCUAAAAAGGUGGAUGUGCUUCUAGUUUUUCAAUUGCUACCAUCUGUACUUGCAAGUCAAUACCUUCUCAACCACCAUAUUUGAAUCCAUAAGCACCACAACUAUGGAAGAGAUGAUUAUGUGCUUACAUCAGUCACAAGGCUGAGAAGUCUGACCAGAAAUCCUAACAACUUAAAUAAGAAAGAGCUCCCCAACAUCCUUUGACAUCAAGAAGGCUCUACGCUCUCAAACACUUUACUGUCCAAGUCUUCUGCUUGCAUCUAUUUACUUCGUUCAGGUGGGCUAAUUUUGUGUGCCUCUAAUGGGUCAUUCAAGUAAUGAGGAACUUGAAACAAAAGAUAUAGACACCAGAAGUCUGUCAUCCUCACGCCAUCAGUCACAAAACUUCCCACUCAUUCACAAGGUGGGAGUUCCCCCCAAGCAAAAUCUCAUCAAUGAAUUCAAAGCCACCAUGAAAGAAACACUCUUUUCAGACGAUCCCUUACGUCCCUUUAAGGAUCAACCUAGGUCUCGAAAGUUCAUCUUAGGCAUCCAAACAAUUUUCCCCAUAUUUGAGUGGGGGAGAAAGUACAACCUAACUAAAUUAAGAGGGGAUCUUAUCGCAGGACUCACUAUUGCAAGUCUCUGCAUUCCUCAGGACAUUGGAUAUGCAAAGCUUGCAAAUUUGGCCCCACAAUAUGGAUUGUAUUCCAGCUUUGUUCCACCUUUGAUUUAUGCCUUCAUGGGUAGUUCAAGAGAUAUUGCCAUAGGACCUGUGGCUGUGGUGUCUCUCUUGCUGGGAACGCUUCUUCAGAAUGAGAUUGAUGCCCAUACAGAUCCAAUAGGGUACCGGCGGCUUGCUUUCACGGCUACUUUUUUUGCAGGAGUCACUCAAGCCACCUUAGGAUUAUUCAGGUUGGGUUUCUUGAUUGACUUCCUAUCCCAUGCUGCCAUUGUCGGUUUUAUGGGUGGCGCCGCCAUCACUAUUGCACUCCAACAGCUUAAGGGUUUUCUGGGCAUAAAAACGUUCACAAAGAAAACUGAUAUUGUCUCUGUAAUGCACUCAGUAUGGGGCUCAGUUAAUCAUGGAUGGAACUGGCAGACUAUACUUAUUGGAGGCACCUUUUUGAGUUUUCUUCUAUUCGCUAAAUACAUAGGAAAAAAGAACAAGAAGUUCUUCUGGGUACCUGCAAUUGCUCCAUUAGUAUCUGUGAUCCUGUCCACCUUUUUUGUGUAUAUAACCCAUGCUGAAAAGAAAGGUGUUGAAAUUGUGAGACAUAUAGAGAAAGGAAUUAAUCCCUCAUCAGUGAAUCAAAUAUAUUUCAGCGGUGAAUAUCUUGGAAAAGGUUUUAGGAUUGGUAUCGUGGCUGGAAUGAUAGCAUUGACGGAAGCAAUAGCAAUCGGAAGAACAUUUGCUUCCAUGAAAGACUAUCAACUUGAUGGCAACAAAGAAAUGGUGGCACUAGGAUCAAUGAAUAUCGUUGGUUCGAUGACUUCCUGUUAUGUGGCAACAGGUUCCUUUUCUCGGUCAGCUGUGAAUUACAUGGCAGGCUGUGAAACUGCAGCCUCAAACAUUGUGAUGUCUUUUGUUGUUAUCCUAACCUUGGAAUUCAUCACACCUCUUUUUAAGUACACACCGAAUGCCAUUCUUUCUGCCAUCAUCAUAUCUGCUGUGAUCAAUCUAAUCGACUUCCAAGCAGCAAUUCUGAUAUGGAAGAUUGAUAAAUUUGAUUUUGUUGCUUGUUUGGGAGCCUUCUUUGGUGUAAUUUUCUCCUCUGUUGAGAUAGGCCUCUUAAUUGCGGUCUCAAUAUCCUUUGCUAAAAUCCUCUUACAAGUCACCAGACCAAGAACUGCAAUCCUUGGGAAUAUUCCUAGAACGGCAGUGUACAGAAACAUCCAACAAUAUCCAGAUGCAACUAAAGUUCCAGGCAUUCUGAUUGUGAGAGUUGAUUCGGCAAUUUACUUUUCUAACUCCAAUUAUGUUAAGGAGAGGAUAUUAAGGUGGUUGACGGAUGAGGAAGAACAGAAAAAAGGAGACUACCAACCUAGAAUCCAAUUUUUGAUUGUUGAGAUGUCCCCUGUGACUGACAUCGACACCAGUGGCAUUCAUGCCCUAGAAGAACUAUAUAGGAGUCUCCAGAAGAGAGAAGUUCAGCUCAUUCUGGCAAAUCCUGGGCCUGUGGUGAUUGACAAGCUCCACGCUUCCACGUUUGCAAACUUGAUUGGUGAGGACAAAAUCUUCCUCACAGUUGCAGAAGCUGUCUCAUCCUGUUCUCCAAAGAUGGUCGAAGAAGCUUGAUAAGGACGGAAUGUGAUUGUUGUAUGAGAUAAAAUGAAAAGCAGAAGCUAGGAAGGAUAGGAAAGCAGGUCUUGUUGAGUCAUAGUGGGUGGUGACGAGGUCAUUAUAAAAGUGGUUAAGUGGACUCUGUGAUCAUAAUCCCAGAGAGAACAAAAGAAAAGAAAAGAAAAAAGGUGCAUAAUUGCGCACUCAAAAAGCGAUGAGGUGUUAUUUUAUACUUUCAAAUUUUCAGAAACGUCAAUAGAAAUCUAACUGCUUCAGACGCUUCUGUAGAGGAAUGUUUUCUUCCAGUUUUUGAAUGCUUUUUAUCCUUUUCACGAGAAACAAAGCCUCAAGUGCCCUAUUGCUUGCUUCAA